ACUAGGACAACACGUGUGAUUAUACCUUGUUCAGCCCUGCAAAGGAGGCGAAGAUGAGUGCGCUUGGCGUCCUGGACGCUAUUUUCCUCGCUUAUUUUAUUAUUCACAUCCCUACAACACUCUUAGUGGACAGCCAGAGUGUGUUCCCGGCUGAGUACUUCCCUUCCUGGGCAAAGGAGGCUCUGCAAUGGCACAUCAAGACCAACGGUGACCACCUGGUGUCCACCAACCCGUUGUGGUUCGUGUCGCUGGUUUGGUGCGAGACGGCGCUGCAGCUGCCCUUCUUCUUUGUGGCCGCGUACGCCUUCAUCAAGCGGGCCAACUGGAUCCGUGUGCCCUGUAUAAUCUACGGCGCGCACGUUGCCACCACCAUGGUGCCCAUCCUGACUGACAUUCUGUUCAGCCCGGCGGCUGGCUCGCACAGCCCCGCCCUGGCCGCGAUCUACGCGCCCUACCUGGCGCUGCCUCUGGCGCUGGUGAUCCGCAUGGCCGUGUCCGCGCAGCCCUUCGGCAGCAAGCGCAGUCAGAAGCGUGCCAAGAGCGGAGCCAAGACGGCGUGAACGCUCCAGCGACGGAGAGAGACGGGAGGCUGGGUGAGCUUGGGAGAAGCGGUUCGGAGCAUGCAUUGAGGAUGGCUCGCCAUGGCCAGCCACAUUGCAUAGGCCUCCGCGGCAAAUGGCGGUGUUGGAUGAUGGGGGCUAAGCUGACGGAUGGUGUAGGAGGAGAGGGUGCGGCUCCCAAUCAUGCCGUCCGGCCUAGGUCCAUGUUGUGAGGAUCUGUCAAACCUGCGGUUUUUGGGCUGAGCACUGUGGCAUCGCGACUGCUAGAUAGGCACCUGGUUUGGCUAUGUGCCUGUGGAAACCGACCCCGGCUAUGUCCGGGCGAUGAGGUUGUUCGGCCUCAGACUGUGGAGGGGCUCAGCCCCUUUUCCCGUGACCGGGGAACACUUGUCUCAGCGCUAGGCGUGGACCAAACACACAGUUUCUUCAUGUGGGAACACUGCGAGUGCGAGAGAGCCUCGGAUGCCCCUCGCCUCGGAUGCCCCCAGUCGGCUGGAUAGUGACAGUCCGCUAGCACCGGUGCAGUAGACGGCUAGUAUGUCGUGAUUCACAUGUGAGCCUGGUGUGUGCACGUUUUCAGAGGGCUGGGCCGGCUGGCAAGUAGUCUAGACACUACAGACGUUUUAAGAUGGUGGCAGUCAUGACUCAUGAGUGCCUUUUAGGAUGGCAGGUUCUGAGGCUUGAAGUGAGUUCAGGAGACGGUGGCUGUAUACGGUAGGAGGUCCGACGCGAACCGCCAUCAGGUCAAUGAAAUCACACAUUGAUGUGGAUCACUCAGUACGCAAGGACGUGGGGCUUGGACUUGAAGCCGCUCCUUCAUUUCUAGGCUUCACAGCAAUGCCGCCCAUUUCACUUGUACAGCCAUGUUGACUGUGUCA